AUGGCGCCAAAACCGCAAGAAGUAUCAAGUGACGGUACGAAAUGCACCGAAAAUUCUGGAAACAGGGUCGUGAUCUCCGGAAUGGCGGGCCUCUACCCUGACUCACAUAAUGUCAAGGAGCUACGCGAUAUUCUUUACAACAAGGUAAACCCAUUGUCGACAAAGAAUGCCCGUUGGGAGUAUAACCACCCAGAGGUCGCUCAACACACGGGAAAAGUACCGGAGCUACAAUAUUUCGAUGCCCAAUUCUUUAAAGUGCAUUAUCGCCUCGGAAACGCCAUGGAUUCCAUGUCGAGGAAGCUUCUCGAACAAACCUUCGAUGCUAUAUAUGAUGCAGGUAUAUGCCCAGAUCAAUUGUCUGGAACUAAAGUUGGAGUUUAUGUUGGUACAUGUUACUCGGAAACCGAAAAAGCAUGCUUCUACGUCGCCAAUUCAAGAACAGGCUUCGGUAUAGCAGGAUGUAGUAAAGCAAUGUUUGCUAAUCGAAUUUCCUACUGGCUUAAUGCCAAGGGCCCUUCAAUGUCUGUAGAUCAGGCAUGCUGCAGUUCCACUGUCGCCUUGGACCUGGCUUACCAGGCUAUUAUGCAUGGAGAAGUUGAUUCAGCCAUCGUAGGCGGGGCAGGCCUUUGCUUGCAUCCACAAUCGUCUGUGCAUUAUGGACGUAUCAUGCCCGUAAGCAAAGAUGGAAAAAUGAAAUCGUUUGAUAUGGACGCAUGUGGAUGCGUAAGAUCCGAGGCGAUCAAUGUUUUGUUCCUGCAAAAGGCAAAAGACGCAAUGAGGAUCUAUGCAGAAGUAGUACACGUUAAAUGCGAAUUCGGCGGUUUGCUUGAAGGUGAAAACGGACCCAAGUAUGGUUUUUACCGGGAGCCAAAUGACAUAGCGUUAUUUUUUAAAAAGUUUUACAAAGAAGCCAAUGUGCGUCCUCAAGCUGUGGAAUACGUGGAGGCGGUUGGUUCUGCAACCCCAGAGGCAGAUAAAGCAGAAUUAGAGGCUAUUGGUAAAGUGUUUUGUGAAAAUCGUGACGAUCCCCUGUUUGUUGGAAGCGUGAUGUCUAAUAUUGGUUAUGGAGAGGCAGCUUCUGGAGUAUCUGCUAUAACUAAAGUACUUUUGGGCUAUGAAAAUGGUAAACUGGCAGCCAAUCUAAACUGUGAUAACCCAAGAACCGACGUAGAUGCAUUGCGUAGGGAGAAAAUACGCAUUGUGACUGAACACCAGUCCUUUGGUGGAGGUUAUACCGCUAUCAAUGGAUUGUCAGUGACUGGCAUUAACGCUCAUGUAUUACUUCGUGGAAAUAAUAAGCCAAAGGACUUGAACCGUUACAAAACCAAUAUCCCUCAUCUAGUCACAAUAUCAGGCAGGCAGCAGUCUGCCGUAGAAAAGAUAUUAGAGGAAUUGAAGAGCCACCCGAUUGAUCCAGAGGAACUCGCACUUCUCCAUAACAUUCACCAAUCUAACAUCAGCGGUCACUUGGGAAGAGGUUUUAUUGUACUCGACACCAAUGAAAAAAAUGAGACAGUUAGCCUCAGUCAGAAAGCCAAUUUCUUCGAUGACGGGGCUCGCCCGCUGUGGUUCGUGUACAGUGGGAUGGGCUCACAGUGGGCCGGGAUGGGCACGCAACUCAUGCGCAUACCUGUCUUCGCCUCAGCUAUAGAACGUUGCCGAAAAGUCUUAGAGCCGAAGGGUGUGGAUAUAAUCCAUAUAAUCACUUCACCAGACAAGAAAAUCUUUAACAAUAUCUUACAUUCGUUUGUUGGAAUUGCUGCAAUACAGAUUGGACUCACUGAUGUCCUUACGGCAUUGGGAAUUGUGCCUGACAAAAUUAUUGGUCACAGUGUAGGAGAGCUAGGCUGCGCGUACGCAGAUGGCUGUCUCACAGCAGAAGAGAUGAUCCUUUCAGCGUACAGUCGCGGGCUCGUGUCUGUACAGACUCCGUUCAUACGAGGCUCUAUGGCUGCAGUUGGAAUUGGUUACCAGCAGGUGUACAAACUGUGUCCACCUGAAAUCGAAGUGGCGUGUCACAACAGUUCCGAGUCGUGUACUAUCUCUGGGCCAGCGGAUAUUAUGAACGAGUUUGUUGAGUCUCUGACCGCUAAGGGCAUAUUUGCGAAGGAAGUUCCGUGUUCCAAUAUUGCUUAUCACUCAAGAUAUAUUGCUGAUGCAGGACCCGGCCUUUUGCGAUAUUUGAGGGAAGUCAUAAAGACGCCGCGACUGCGCACUGAACGUUGGGUAUCCACAUCCAUUCCUGAAGAACGAUGGGAUGAGAACCUUGCAAAAUAUUCCUCAGCGGAAUAUCACACCAAUAACUUACUCAACCCAGUUCUAUUCGAAGAGACAUCUCACCACAUACCAAAGAAUGCGGUGCUCGUAGAAGUAGCUCCGCAUGGACUCCUGCAAGCGAUUCUGAAACGCUCUUUACCUAACUGUACAAAUAUUCCUCUCACUCGCCGAGGUCAUGCCGAUAAUGUUGUACAUUUGUUGGAAGCUAUUGGAAAUUUGUUCAUGGAAGGAUACAAUCCGAAAGUACAAGCGCUGUACCCGAAAGUAGAAUUCCCCGUAUCUUCUGGAACACCGAUGCUCGGACACUUGGUAGAAUGGGCUCAUACCGAAAAAUGGAUUCUGCCUCUGUACGUAUCUGCACAUAGAAUAAUGGCAGCGUCCUGCAAGUUUGUUUUAUCGAUUCACGAUGAUGAACACAGCUAUUUACGAGGACACGUAAUCAAUGGAACGAACUUUUACCCCUUCUCUGCUGCCUUGGUAGCCGUGUGGGACACUCUAACGAUGAGUACAGGACAAGCCAAGCGGUGUCAGUCGGUUCAGUUUCACGACAUUAAGUUUCUGGUCCAACCUUUGUUACACAAGAGAAGACAGUUGCGCCUCAAUGUAGCUCUACAUAGAGGCACUGGUAAAUUUGAGGUUACUAAUGAAAGCAUAACUGUAGCUACUGGCAGUAUUCAAAUAGUUGAUCAUAGUGAUAGCAAUCGGCUAUUCAAGAUCCCAGUCGAACAUAAAGGACCAUUGACUCUCAAGGCUGAAGAUAUCUACAAAUUACUUUAUAUCCGCGAUUAUCAAUACAGGGAUGAUUUCCAAAGCAUUAAUGCGGCAAACGAGUCCUUUACCGAAGCUAACCUAUCUUGGAACAAUAAUUGGGUGACUUUGAUCGAUGGUUUGUUACAAUUAAAUGCAUUACGAGUAGCAAAUACAUCCGUGUCUCACCUAGACUACAUAAGGAAGUUGAACAUUAAUAUUGACGAGCACAGAUUUGACAAGGGUAUUUGGGGCGGUAAAUACUACGUUCCAAGUUCGGUAAACACACAUUUGUCCAAUAAAGGUCAAUGCGCUGUGCUAAAAAGCUUAAAAAUUGGGAAUAUUGAGUCACUGAAGUGGUUUGAAGCACCUAGAACUUUGGAAUCUGGCAUAAAUGUUCAGGUUCAUUAUGCUGGAAUUAAUGAUUUGGAUGUUAAAAGAGCUUUUGGUAUAAUUCCAUUCGCUAAAAAUACUAAGGAAAGCUUCUUUGGAAUGGACUUUAGUGGAGUGACGCAAAGUGGCACAAAAGUUAUGGGCUUGAUCAAGGGCGGUUCAGUGAGCAGUCAAAUUAAAGCUAAUCCAAACCUCUUGUGGCCAGUGCCAGAACAUUGGACUCUCGAAGAUGCAGCAACGGUACCUUUAGCAUACUGUAUGGCAUUUUACGCUUUGGCUAUGAACGAAAGAUUUUUUCCCGGAAUCAAAGUUUUAAUUCACGGUGGUACCGGUGCUCUGGGACAAGCUGCUAUAUCCAUAUGCUUAGCAUACAAUUGUGAAGUCUUUACAACUGUAAGCGAUCGAAACAAGAAGCACUUCAUCAAAAAGCUGUUUCCACAACUGAAAGAAGAAAACAUCGGAAAUUCAAGAGAUAUAACGUUUGGAGACAUUAUUCUAUCCAAUACCAAUGGCAGAGGAUGCGAAAUAGUACUAGGCGGCUUUAAGGGUGAACUUAAGAAUGUGGGAUUGAAAUGCUGCGCAUCAUCUGGUAUAGUGAUAGAUACGAGCUUAAUAAGCAAUCGUGAGGAUUACAACUUCGGGAUGUACUGGCUUACAAAAGAUAGAAGUUUCAAAAUAAUUAACCUUUCAUCAAUUUUUGAACAUGGAAAAGAAGAAAGAAUAAAGCGCCUGCAAUUGCUACUAACUGAAGGUAUAGCUCGAGGCUACGUGCGACCUCUGACUCGCGUGGUAUACACUCCUCAAGAGGUGUCGAGAGCAUUCAAUCUUGUCGCGACCAGCAGACACCGCGGUCGUGUACUGAUUGAUAUGCAGAAGGACAUUUAUAUAGAAAAAGCAGGAUCGUGGAAAAAUGCAGGGGUUAAUGUGGAAUUACAAGAAAUACAAAAUAUUUGGAACAAAAAUAAUAUUCCUAAUAUUGUGGAAGACGGGAAAAAUAAUAACAUAGAAGGAAUAUAUGCUAUUAUUACGAAUGACAGUAAAUUUGACAACAUAAUUGAAUUUUUGGAAGAUUUGGAUGCAAAAAUAAAUAAUUCGUGUCCGCAAUUAAGGUAUUUCGCCAUCAUAAACGACGAUGAUGUAAUUGGCGAACAUAUCACGUUAUUAAGGCAAAAACAUCGUAAGCCAGCUACGCUCAUUAGACUUCCAGCGCUGAAAAAGAAUGAUCAUAAAGAUGGAGAGUAUCAAAUAACACUACAAAGCACAAUUGAUGCAGUUGAAGAAGCAUUGCUGUCUCAAGAAGCAGUCAGCAAAGUUGAGUUUGUGCCACCAGAUAACAAAUCUUUGAUUGAUGUGAUAGCUAAAUGGACCGGAGUAAACAUUCCAGUGGGUGUAGAUGAAAAUCUAACAUUGUCUAAACUAGGCAUGGAUUUAACCAAAGCACAGGCCGUGCAAGCAAGUCUGAGAAAUGAAUACAAUAUAUUCUACCGUGAAGAUGAAAUCGCUAACCUAACUAUACAGAGAAUACGAGAGUUGGAAGAAAUUAUGAAAGAGCCAGAGUUUAAAGAUACCAAGGACUUGGACACUUUUUAUUCCUAUGUAGAUCCGGAUGAACUUUUCGCCACGACAGAAAUGGCAUUUUUGUCUACAUUAAACAACAACGCGUCUAUGCGUGAUGAUGAAUUUGACUCGAGUCAAAAGUUCCUGUGUAUUAUUCCUGGAGUAGAAGGGCAUUUCAAGCGUUUCUCGGAUAUAUGUGAAAGACUAAAAUUAUCAGCACUGGUGCUGCAACCAGGUCUAGCAAGCGCUCAAAAUGAGACAUUGCAAGAUAUUGCUCUACGCUUUGCAAAGACUCUCUUGACACGAACUGAAUUAAAAGACAACUUUCUUCUACUGGGUUACGAGUCGGGAGUUAUUAUUGCUUUGGAAGUAGCAGCUAUUCUAGAAGAAAAUGGUCUCACCGGUGUGGUAUACUGUAUUGGAGGUGCUCCUAAAUAUAUCCAGAUGUUAUUCGCUUCGAAACUCCAAGAAUUUAAAGACGAGACAUCUCUUCAAGUAGCCGUGGGUAGACACUUGGUGAAACUCAUGUUGGGACAAUGUAAUGCUUCACUAGAUGAAGCCAUCGAGAAGGCGUCGACAUGGAAUGAAAAAAUAGAUGCCUGUGUACGAUUUUUGAGAGGACGAGUUGACCAUUCAGCUCAAUACGCUAGAGAGCUCAUAAAAACAGGCUAUUCACGUAUUCUACAAGUUAGAAAAUAUUCGUCAAAACCCCAAAAGCUGCGAUCCCUUCUCGUUCUAAUGAAACCAAGUGAUAUGUCUUCAAUGUUCCCGAGUAAUGACUACAAAUCGUCUCUACAGGAUUAUUCUCUACAACCAAUUGUUGAAUACGAGCUUGAGGCACCCUUAGCUUACGCCUCUCAAGAUUUGCGUUGCGCUGGAAUAAUAAACAGACAUCUCGACGAAGAUAUAUUGGAAGCAUUUGAGCAAAAGAGCCUCUGUGACACGUACCUACUGAAUGCGGAUACGUUUAUGACAACUGUUUAG